AUCAUGCUGUCAAUCAUUCACUAUCAGUUAUUUAAUUCAGUUUAUUUUGUAAAGCACAAUAUCACAAAUUACAAAUUUGCCUCAGAGGGCUUUACAAUCUGUACACAUAUGACUUUCCUGACCUUUGACCUCCCAUCGGAUCAGGAAAAACUCCAAAGAAAUAGAAAAAACCCUUUCACAGGGUAAAAAAGGAAAGAAACCUUCAGGAUUAUAACACCUGAAAGGCUGUAGUUGACAAAUAACAAAAAUGUAUCACGUAUUAAACACUGCUUGCAGCCUAACAUACAUCGUGGUGUGUUUUAAACCGUGUAUCAAUUAUUAAUGCAACGUAUACAUGCAUAGAUAAACACGUAUAAAUAUAGCAAAGGGAGAUCACACAAACAGAGGGGCUUCUGGGAAAUGCAGUGUUAUAACAUGUGCUCCCUCCAUACUUCACAGAUUCGACCAUGGAUCUUGUGCUGAACGUUGCCGACUAUUACGUCCUGACCCCGUAUGUGUUCCCGGCAUCGUGGCCCGAGGCCGGGGCCCUGCGGCAGAUUAUCAGCCUGCUGGUGCUCACCAACCUCGGGGCGAUGGUCCUGUACCUGGGCCUGGGAGCCAUCAACUACUUCUGGGUCUUUGACCACAAUCUAAUGAAACACCCACAAUUCCUAGAGAAUCAGGUUCGGAGGGAGAUUAAAUAUGCGAUGACCUCUCUGCCCUUGAUCAGCAUCCCCACAGUGGCCUUGUUUUUCGCUGAAGUCAGAGGGUUCAGCAAACUGUACGACAAUGUCCAUGAGUCUCCGCUGGGCUGGCCGGGGCUCUUCCUGAGUAUGAUCUCCUUCCUGCUUUUUACUGACAUGUGCAUCUACUGGAUUCAUCGCUUCCUUCAUCACAAGCUCAUUUACAAGCUGUUUCACAAACCACACCACGUGUGGAAGAUCCCGUCUCCCUUCGCCAGCCAUGCCUUUCAUCCAGUCGACGGCUUCAUGCAGGGCCUCCCGUACCACAUCUACCCCUUCUUCUUCCCCCUCCACAAGGUGCUCUACUUGGCGCUGUACAUCUUCGUCAACAUCUGGACCAUCUCGAUCCACGACGGGGACUACCGCGUCCCCGGCGCUCUGACGAAGGCCAUCAACGGCUCCGCCCACCACACUGACCACCACCUCUUCUUCGACUACAACUACGGCCAGUACUUCACUCUGUGGGACCACCUGGGGGGCUCCUACAGGCACCCGUCGGCUCUGAUGGGGAAGGGUCCCCAUGAUCUGGUCCGGAAACUCCAAGCAGAGGGAAAGUUAGGAGGCGGCAGGGGGAAGGCCGAAGGGCAAGUGAAUGGAGGUUCUCAGAGAGGAGGCGCGUGUAAGGAGGAGUAACAAAAGGGGAGGUCCCAUUUAAAUGCUGAGAGUGAUCAAUAUUUUUAUAAAGACAAUGUGCGGCACCCAAACUCUGCUGGGAAACAAAUCACGGCGUAAUUUGAGUCCCUGUAUUUGCCAAAUGAGCAGUUUGGAGAGAUUGAGAUUGGAAACACUGGAUAAGAUGCAUGUGAGAUGGGUUUCCUCGGGAUUCCUGUCAUUACAGGCAAGCUUCGGGAUCAGCCCAAUUUUCCAGAUUACAAUGUUGGCAUUCCACAUUCCUGCCUUCCAUGAAAACGUUGAAGAAAAAAUGUGUUUCAUAUCAAUUCUACAUCAGUGCAUAUUAGAGAUUGCACCAAUACUGAUAUCAGAUAUCGGUCCGAUACAGAUUUAACCCUCCUGUUACCUUCUCAUUUACUAACAUUUGACCCCAGCAAUUAAAACCUCCAGAAAAUUAUUGUGUGAGAUACUUUAUGUUUGUUUGUUGACUACCUAAAUAGCCCUUUAAAUAUAUAAAAAAGUUGAUAUUUCUUAUAUGUUUGACCCAGUGAAAAACAGCCUGGGGUCAAAUUGACCCCAAAGAACACCGACAUUAAACAUUGAAUGGGGUCAAAUUGACCCUAAAGGUAACAGGAGGGUUAAAGAGCUGGAUCGGGUAUCGGUGACAGUAGGCUGAUGUGAUAUAGGAUACCAAUAUUUUAAUAAAUAACAAUUCUGUACAAGAA